UGGAUAUAAACAUGUUUAAACAAAGCGUCACGCAGAUCGGGUAUUUUUAAUUAUGGACAACUACGAACUGUUCUGUAACAAGUUCAGCUGGUAUCGAUAAAAUCGAACAGCAUUUUUACCAGUGAUCUAACCGUGUUUUUAAGAUAACAGAUAGCAUUUGGGUGAAUAUAUUUUUGUGUUUUAUUUCGUUGAUAAAGAGAAAAAAAAUAGAGAGGAAUACUAGUGAAACGUGCAAACGGGAUCUGUUUAAAACAGAAUUAAUAAUCUCUGCUUAUAUACAGGACUUUCGAACAUGAAUACGUGACAUACAGACACUAAACAAACAUGGGAGCUGGCGCGUCAAAUGGCGGCGGAGCUGUUGUGCAGCAACCAACCCGUCCCAGAACGGCACCAGGGGUCACUAAAACAGCGAUGAAUGGAACGGCUGGCUCGUCAGGCGAAUCAAGACCGCCCCCAAAAUCUGCGGUGAACGGCUUACGUAAGGAAAAAACAACAGUGGAAAAGGGAAGUAAUGAACAGGAGGAAAAACCUUCGUCGUCGUCGGGUUCAAGAACAACGCAGCCCGGGGACCCACCAAACUACCACAGGUCCCAAAUACCCCCACCUCGACCUCCAAGGACAUUGAAAGCUGAUAUCUUCUCCAUUGAGAGAUACAAGGAGGUUGAUGAUUAUGUUUUGAAUGCUCCUCCAAAGCUUCUUGUGGGGAACUUCAACGAACUGAUCAAAUAUUUAACCCGUAGUAAUGACAGAUGGGACGACAUGUGCAAAGUGCGUGCCAUAUUUCUAUGGGUGACGUCAAUUGACGUGUACAACCUCAAAGUAGACGGUGUCCCUCCUACACACUCCCCGCUUGAAUAUUUCACCAAGAUUCAGUGUAACAUGGGUAACCACGCCCAUCUCAUAUCAGGAUUAUGUCAAAUGGCAGGGAUUCCGUGUGUCAUAAUCAGCGGAAUGAACAAAAGUGCUGCGUAUGAGAUUGGUACUAGGUGUGACCGGAAGAGCAUGGGCGCUCAAUGGAACGCCGUGUAUGUGAAUGAUGAUUGGCGGUUCCUUGAUGCAUUCUGGGCGUCCGCUUGCGUGGUUGGAAGAAAAUCAGGGGAAUGGACGCUGGUAGAUUCUGAUGGAAAUGUUACACAGGAAGACGAGGAAACGUCAGAGGGUACAACGCAACACAGAAUAAAUGAGUUCUACUUUUUCCCCGACCCGGACAAAAUAGUGUGGACGCAUUUCCCGGAUGAGAUGCAGUGGCAACUUUUGGACCGCCCCGUCACCUUGAAAGAAUACGAGGAGCACGUGUACAUCCGGGAACGAUUCCAUUACCUGGGUAUGAAACUCAUGCCUAACAGCCAUGAUAAAUGUAUGUUAACUUCUAAAGACGGUGAAAUAGAACUUGUUUUCUCUCUACCAGUGAAACAAAGUGAAAAUUCGCGUUUCAAGUACAUGUUGUAUCAUGGACAGAAAAACAAAACUUCCGAGGAAGAUGUAUUAUUGGACAGAUUUGUGAUGUUUGAACAUACAGCAAACCUACUGAGGUUCACACUCAGGUUUCCUAUCACAGGUAAAUUCAAGAUGGACAUAUUUGGACUCGAUAUUACAGAGUCGGACAUAUUUGACUUGGCAUGUACGUAUAUUAUUCAGUGCAAUGAAGCAAAGAAAAAUUGUUUACCUUUACCGGAUGUGCCUCCUAUCGGCUGGGGUCCUGGUGCAAACGCAAAAGAAGCAGGUCUCAAGCCAAUUACGCACGAUGGCGCUAUCAUUGUCACCAAAGACGGCACUGUCGAAAUUCGUCUCGCAGCGGAGAAAAACAUUCAACUUCAUCAGAUGUUAAAACACGCUCUUAUUGAUGAAGCUACCUUAAGCAAUUACGCAGUCACAAGACUUGAGAAUGGGGAGGCUAUUGUAAACAUACGGUUACCCCAGGGUGGAGAAUAUGCCCUUAAAUUGUACGCUGAUGACGCGGGCAAAGAAGGGGUCGCUCCGAAUGUUUUGAAUUACUUAAUCAAGAGUGAAGGGAAGAAUGUCAACAAUUUGCCCUUCCCGAAUGUGAGCGAUGGGUCCCUUGGAUCUAAGCCGGCAGCAGAAGCAUUGGGUACGAAAGCUUUGAGCCACAAAGGUGGACAUGCAACGGCGAAAAAUGGACGGGUAAGGAUGGAAUUUCAGGCACGGAGCGGAUUACAACUUAUGGCAGAGUUGCAUAGUAGUGAUGAACUUGCUUGCAAGAGAAUGUUGGUGGCACCAAAAGAAGAAAACGGCAAGUGGGUAUUUGACCUAGAUAUGCCUGAGGAAGGGGAAUAUUCACUGAAUGUUUUUGCAUGCUCUAAGAACAGUACGGACAGGAUAUAUAACAUACAUUCAUACCUUGUGAAAUCGGAAGGUAGGAAACUGGAUGCAGCCGAACUAGAUAUGAGACAGCAAAGCAAGCACGUGCAAACUCACGUGCCCAUUGAAACGGUGCAGACCUCCGAUAACGAGGUACUGAUACCUAUACCGCCUGGUUUCGAUGAUGUCUGCGCGUCGCUUCACAGACGAAAUGCAAAUGACCCUCCGAACGCACAUCAGGUGGAUAUCAUAGAACAGGACGGGAUACAGCUUAUCCGAGCAAGACUUCCGGAGUUCGGCGAAUACCAGAUGAACCUGUACGACAGAGAGAAGAAAGCUGUUCUGCGAAAUAUUGCGAAGUACCAGAUUAACAGACGGCCGCCAGGUGAGCUGUAUGAAGACAACACUAAGAUGCUGAUGCAGAACCUGGGAGCUCAGCAACCAAUUAUGGAAGAGGACGAGGAGGACUACAGUCAAGUCAAAAAUGAUAAAAACGAGACUGACGAGGACAAAAAGAAGAGACUUGAAGAGGAACAACGCCGAGCGACUAGACGACAGAUUCAGAAGGCGAUAGACAUGAAAGAUCCGGAAAUGUUAGAACGCUAUAUACAAGCCUACGAGAAACUAAAUCCUCCGUACGACGACGAGGCACUUCUUAAAGCCAGGAAAACGCUGGCUGCACUCGACGCCAAAGAAGAACUGAUUCAGGCAUGUCAGAGACGUGACCUAGAUUCGCUGAAAAAAGCAAUUGCACGUGCGAAGGAAGUUAACUACGAACAUCAACUUGAUCUGCAGCUGGCCCUGGCAAACAGACUCAGGGAUCAGCUUGAGAGAAUAGAAAAACUCAGGCAUUCAGUUCUCAACCUUGAUAGCAAGACAAUCGCUGAAAUCAAAACGUAUUCCAACCCGCCAGAUGGCGUCCACCAAUCUAUGAUGGCAACUUUUAUACUGCUGGGCAACGCACCGAAAGAAGUCCGGAACUGGCGGACAUGCCAAGCAUUGGUUGGUAAAACAGGACGAGAGUCUCUAAUGAGACGUAUAUCAUCCUUUGACCCGAAGGACUGCAGUCUGGCUGUAGCCCAGACAGCCAAACAUAUGAUAGAGAAUUACUCAAUGUCCCAGAUCCGAGACGUCAGCGCUGGAGCAGCAACAUUCUUUGGAUGGUCCUUGGGUAUGAUAGAAGAAAUCGAGUCCACUGGUGGAUCCGGUGUGGGCAUUAUCAGUAAACCACCCCAAAAACAAGAGCGACCCAAGACAAACCGUAGCAACAGGAGGAGAUAGACUCGUGAUGCACGUGCAAACAUAUCGAACUUUCAGUACUAAACGCGACUGCUGAUAAGCCUUUUUUGAAAAAUCGAUAAUCUUGUAGAUAACUAAGUUUGUUCCUGAAAUUUACAUAAAUAAGGAUAUUCAAAGGGCAUGACUUUCAAGAUAUGUUAAUUGAAGGCAAUGACUUUCAAGAUAUGUUAAUUGAAGGCAGUUUCACUAAUCUUCGAACAAAAUAUCACUAACAAAGGAUUAAAUGUUUUGCUAGUCACGACUAAACUCAACUGUAGACAUGGAAUAGCUUCUCCAUCAGAUAACUAGGAUAUGGUAGGGUUUCGUCAUUUUUGCUAAAUCAUGAAAUUUACUUGCAGUUCUAUUUCUUCGCACUCUAUGCAAGUCGAGGUCGCUUUACACUAUGCUGUCUAUUUUUACCAUCGUUUUUGGCUUGGUCGAAAAUAUACAUGUAGUACGUGUUUUUUUUUACAUUCCAUCCAUUAAGAUAUUCGUUCCGUCCUUCUGUACAUAAGAACUUUAGGGAAGUCUGUACAUUAGAUAUAUGCGCAACAUAUUUUUAUAACUUGAAAUAGUUUUAUACUGUGAUAAUUAUCUUCAAUUGUAUUCGAUUAUACAUGCAUUGUCUUUACAGAGGACCUGCAAACCUAUCGUUGAAAUAUGUACUAAUCUUUAACAUUAUAUGAAUAUUUUAAUCCUCCCAAAAAUAUUAUAGGGAUGCAUUGUAUAUAUUUACUUUAGAUAGAAAAAAUAUUUCACAAUAUAUCAUCAUUACAACUGAUUAAAGAAGCAAUGCAGUAUCUUCUUGCUAGCUGCAGAGACGGUCCUCCUUUCGCUAUAUCGAGAGCUAAGCGCGAAAAUCAUUGUAUCUGUACAUAAAGAAAGAACAAGAUACAAUAGUUUCGCGCUCAGUCCUCUCUAUACAUUUUGAUUAUAUUUUAACACAGACGCGGUUGUUAAAGUUAGCAUACAAGGUAGCUAAUGUACAAUUCAGUUCGCGUUAUUCGCAUGCAUUAGUCCCAUUUUCAGACUUUACCCAUCAUUCUGUUUGUAUUUUUGAGUAUCGUUACUAUUGUAUUUUGUAGAUUCUAGUAUACAGUACAUAAGAAAUAUUUCAAAAGUCGAUGUCAUUAGGUCUAAGUUGUGAGAAAUCGGUGUCAAUUGGUCUAAGUUGUGCAAAGUCGACGUCAUUAGGUUCAAGGUGUGAAAAAUCAAAAUCAUUAGGUCUUUGGUGUGAAAAGUCGACUUCAUUUUGUCCAAGGUGUGAAAAGUCGACAUUAGGCCUUUGGUGUGAAAAGUCGACGUCAUUUUGUCCAAGAUGUGAAAAGUCGACAUUAGGUCCAAGGUGUGAAAAGUAGAAUUCAUUACAUCUAAAAUGCGACGUAAACAGCUCUUUCUAUAGAUGGAUUGUGUAAAACAAUUCUGUUGGUUGCAUUCUAGAAACAUUAAGUUAUAUUGUGAUUUUGUGACUUUCUAUUCAAUAGUAAUGUUUACUCAGAGUCCUGUCUUGUUCAUUUGUGAUAUUCCAUGAAAUAUGCACAAUCAAAUAACUUAUUUAUUUAACAUUACAAUCAUACAGCACGGAUAUCUUUGUUCAUUCUUGGAGAUGUCUUGACAUAGCUUAAUGUAUUUGAUAAACUUAGAUUCAUAUUGUU